CUCAUCUGUGCCAUCAUACAAUAACAGUGCUCUAAAAACCCAUUCUCACCAUAGCAACCUCAGAUGAACAUAAAACACUUGAUGAACGAUAUCAGAGGAGGUGGAAAGACUGGACUUACACGUUAUGUCACCCUGAGAAAUCUGUUCAUCAGCACACUGGAGAGAAGCAAGACAUCAUGGAGUAACUGGCACUCACAGACUAUCCUCCUGCCAUGGCCCAUGCAGGCCCAGAGGUGCACUGGAGGUGGUUGGAGCUCCACGACUCGGUGUCUAUGGGGUCUGUGGAGAGGAAGGUCCGGACGGCUGCAGGGACCAGACAGUGGAGGAUCCACCGCCGACCCAAACCCAGACACUGCUUUCUGGAUGAGCGCAGGCUGCACUACGCUGCUUGGGAGGGAUGUCUGGACCAAGUCAAGGCCAUGCUGGAACGUGGCGUGCCUGCUAACUGCCAGGACCCGUAUGGUUGGACAGCUGUCCACCACGCCUCUUUCAAGGGUCAUCUCAUGCUGAUCAAGUUCCUGUUGCAAACCGGCCAGGUGGAGGUAAAUAGCCAGGACUUCUGCAACUGCACUCCCCUGCACCGCUCCUGCAGUGGAGGAAACCCUGAGACCACACACGUUCUCCUCCAGAAGGGGGCGUCACAUUCAGCAAGGUCCUGCUCCGGCCAGACGCCCCUUCACCUGGCUGCAGCCAGCGGGCACCUGGGCACAGCUCGGGUUCUGCUGCAGCACUUGGCCUCACCGAACCCCCAGGACUUUCAUAAGUGGACACCCCUGCACUGGGCAGUUUUUGGAGGCUGGGGCGACGUGGCGGAGCUCUUGCUAGAUAAUGGAGCAGACGUGGAGGGAGGAAAGGGUGUGGGCAUGAGCCCCCUACAGCUGGCAGUGUUGGUGGGGAAUGAGGUGGGGGUGAGGCUACUGCUCCACCGAGGUGCAGAUGCCAAUAUGAGGGGUCCUAACGGCCGCACAGCCAUGCACCUUUGUGCCUGCUCUGGAGACAAGAAGAUCCUCCAGCAGCUGUUAACAGGAGGGGCUAAGGUUGAUGUCAGGGAUGGAGAUGUGGCGUCUCCGCUGCAUCUGGCUGCCCGCAGUGGCUCCAGGGCUGUGGUGCACUUGUUGAUUCUGAAUGGAGCAGGACUUGAGGACAGGGACAACCUCAAAAUGACACCACUGCACUACUCGACACUCAGGGACAAUGUUGAGGCUGCCAAACUGUUGCUGCACUAUGGGGCAGAUGUGAAUGCUGUGGAGAGGCUCGGACAGACACCUUUGCACUUGGCCUCUGAGAGGGGUCACUGCAAGGUCCUCAAGGUUCUGCUAGACAAAGGGGCUGAUCCCGCUAUAAGGAGCAGCUGGAGAGAAACAGCGGAGGACGUUGCAAGGGCACACGAUCAGCUAGGUGUAGUCCAGCUCCUUCUGCAACACCAGGCGGUCAGGAUGAGAGAUCAAGCUCAGGACAGUGUGGAGAAAGAGAAGAAAUAACAGUGAAUUAAGGCCUGUUCACACUGAG